CAUGAAAUCCGAUGUAGCCGCUUGGUUCCACUGGAACUGAUAUCGGCAGCUGUGCGUGUCGCUGGGCGGUAUCGUUCAGACCGCACUGUUAUGCUAUAGAUGCACUGCCGGUACUCUACCGUACUUCACUAGUACCGUGGACCGCUCUACCAAGUAAAAACCCAUGUGACAGCUAGUCUACAUAAUACUGCAGUAUCAUACCAGUAUACACUAAAAUUCAAUCACAAUGUUGGCCCUCCAGUUACAACCUGGGGCAAUAAAUAGCUCUCCACGGGUUUCCAACCCUUUCUGAUUCGCCGAUCCAUCCAUCCAUUCAUUUUACCUGUCUCAUCCCAGAAGGGGUACUCGAGUACGGUACCAGGGUGAUGGGUGUCUCUCUCUCCUCCUCUCUUUUUUUCUCUUUCCCUUUUGGUCAGAUUUUUAAAUUUUGAAUUUUAGCACCACCACGCGUCAUGCAGCGUCUCAUUGGACCUGACAGCCAGCAGCAUGGGAAAGGUAAGUCUUUUACCGGUACCGAUAGCGGUGGUAUUAAAGGAUAUGUAGGGACGGACGGAUUCGGUUUGAGGCUCAUGAGGGAAUUUGUGUACCGUAGGUUGCUGCAGUCUUCUCUACGGUACGGUAGUGGGCUUGGGGAUACAUACGUUGCGCGAGCAGCGCGAGCAUGGCAGACGGUUGGGGUAGGGCUGCGAUGCGAUGGCGGGAUGGAUGAGCGAAGGACGGGGGAGGGAGGAAGGAAAGGAGAAGGCAGGAUCCCCCGGAAGAAGAAUUGUGUUUAUCAUAGUAUUCUAUUUUAUAUUGUAAUAUGGAGAAGGAGGAGUUGCGAUUCAUGAUGAUGAUAAAUAAAAUAAAGGAAAAUCGGGAUCGGAAAGAGUUUGUCGUGAGUGAGUGAGCAUGGGUUUUUUUACGAUAUUUCAUUAUGUUUCGCGGCCUUGUUCCUCCGUUCCUCACUCCCGCAUCUACCGCACUCUUCUCUCGGUGUAGACUUCGAUAUGAUGGGCAAAGCUGUCCGCGCGAGAGGUAUCAUAUUCGACGGGACUGUCCGUACCCUACGGCAAGCGGAGC